AGCCAGAAGGGUUAUAGAGAAUGCCUUUGGCAUCUUAGCAGCAAGGUUUCGUGUAUUUCGACUACCAAUCCAUGCAAAGGUUGAAACAACUGAAUCAAUUACAAAGGCAUGUGUGGCACUACAUAACUUUUUUAUGAUUGGGAGGCAGUAUGGCACAGAGCAUUAUUGCCCUGCUGGAUUUGCUGACCAUGAAAUUGAUGGUAAAAAACUUGAUGGGGAAUGGCGAAGUAUUGUUCAUGGUGAUACAAGUUUUGCCCCAGUUAAGAAUGUUGGCUCAAAUAACUAUGGCAAGAAAGCAAAAGAUGUGCGUGAUAGUUUUGCAACACACUUCUGCACACCUGUUGGUGAAGUUCCUUGGCAAUGGCAAAUGUAUGCAGAUGAAAUACAUAUACAUAAAGGCCAUUCAGUGAAAUUUAGUUUUGGCAGCAAAAAUAUAUUUUAUACAACAAAUUUGUUCUCUUUUUUUUCAUUUUUGCUUCCCCCAUGA